GCCCUACGGCCUCAAGCAUACACAUAUCAUACAGGCGCAGGACGCUCUGCUGGCCAGGCUUCCUUCACUUAUUCCAUUUCCUUACUACAGCUUCUCGUUAGACACUUCCAUGCUGCUAUUGCAGGCCAACACCGCUUCGACAAGCCCCUGCGGUGCCUGAAGCUAAUACCUCACUUCCACCACGAUGCCUAGCAAACUGAUGCUCACAUACUUCGGAGUCGAUCUCCUCUUUGUGGGCACAGGUGCUCUCAUCUUAGGCUUCUCACUGAAUUCCGAGUCUGACCGUAGAGACGAGCCCGCAGUCGACAAUGUCGCGCAUAAGAUUCUCCUCGAUCAAUGUCCUCUCACCGCCGGAAUCGUCAACGCAAUCCUCAUCAUCUUCACUUUUCUCGUCACUCUGCCGGCGUUUUUUGUCCCCACCAACCGCUUCUGGCUCAAACUUCACGGCUGGCUCGUUGUCAUCUGCGCCAUCUUCACUCUCGGUCUUGGCCUCGCCAUUUGGUUCGAAACACUGCGCACGCGCUCCAAGCUGUCUACAAUCUGGUCCAAUCAGGCCCCUCUCGUGCAGAGCCUUUUGCAGGAGCGCUUCGACUGCUGUGGCUACACAAACAGCACUGUACCGCCCUUUCUGCAGGAUAACACCUGUCAAAACAGCCUGGUUGCGGCGCAGAAGGGCGGUUGUGUCAGCCCGUUUUCAGCGAAUGCAAACGGUUUCCUGGAUAUCAUUUUUACUGCGCUGUUUGGUAUGGUAGGUCUGGACGUGCUUCUCAUUCUCUGUGUGGCGAUGGUGAAUCGGUGGAGGAUCGAGCAGCAGCGAUACAAGCAUAUCGAUGAGAAGAAUCGCGAUGGUGGUAUGUGAGGCAGUUGAAGUAUUAGCUCUGAAACUCACGAGAGUGGGUGCCGUGAAUGAACGGAGGGCCGGUGCAGACCCCGUGACUUUUGUUAGCGCUGGCAUAGGAAAGACACAUGUGACUUUGAAGAGAGACCUGAUCUAGUGAUGAGCGAGUAUGGAUAGAUUAAAGUACUUCUA